CAGCGAACCUAUAUAAGCAGCCUGAGGGGCUGCACCCUCACGCUAGGGUCGCCGUGAGGGACGCUGCUGGAGGCCUGUUUUGGGGACGGCUUGCGCUAGCUGAGGCUGCACAUCGGGGACGAUGGCGGAGGGAGAUAAUCGCAGCACCAACCUACUGGCUGCAGAGACUGCAAGUCUGGAAGAGCAGCUGCAAGGAUGGGGAGAAGUGAUGCUGAUGGCAGAUAAAGUCCUGCGAUGGGAAAGAGCCUGGUUUCCACCUGCCAUCAUGGGUGUGGUUUCUUUGGUCUUUCUGACUAUCUACUAUCUGGAUCCAUCUGUUCUUUCCGGUGUUUCCUGUUUUGUUAUGUUUUUGUGCUUGGCUGACUACCUUGUUCCCAUUCUAGCGCCUAGAAUUUUUGGCUCCAAUAAAUGGACCACUGAGCAACAGCAGAGAUUCCAUGAAAUUUGCAGCAACCUAGUAAAAACUCGACGCAGAGCUGUGGGCUGGUGGAAACGCCUUUUUACGCUAAAGGAAGAAAAGCCUAAAAUGUACUUCGUGACCAUGAUCAUUUCUCUUGCUGCGGUUGCUUGGGUGGGACAGCAAGUCCACAACCUUCUUCUCACCUACCUGAUAGUGACUUUCUUACUGUUGCUUCCUGGACUAAACCAACACGGAAUCAUUUCGAAGUACAUUGGAAUGGCCAAAAGGGAGAUAAACAAGCUUCUCAAACAAAAAGAGAAGAAAAAUGAAUAAAGCACCUGCUUUAUUCAGUGUGAUUAAUGCCGCAUACAUUGUCCUUGGGAACUGUGUGUGUUGUGUUGUCUGGAUACUAAAAUGUUAACAGAAGUAGCGCUUUGCUCUCCCUCAUCCUGCCCUUAGUAGAAAUUCCAACUUUCCAAGAAAGGCUUUGUGUCCAGUGUCUUCACGGGUGCCUUCUCAUCAGCUGGCCCCAUGUGAACAACUCAUUUGUGAGUAACCACUUCUCCCGGCUUUUCUCACCCAGGGUUAGUUGAACUCUUCUUUUAAAAAAAUACAGUGGUGAACUUCACCCUUUAGUACAGUUUACAGUGACAUGGGAUAAUUGUUUCAGUUGAUCUUUGCUUUAGCUGGAUACAAGAUAGUGGUCUCUGGCUAUAGGAAGCUGGUUUUGCGACAGGUUAAAAAACUGGUUUCGUGAAUAUAGAGACCAAGUUUACCAUUUCUGAUGAAGAGACCAUUUCAGAUUCAUUCCUCAUUCUGUUACGAUACCAUGGGAGAAGUUUCCUCAUGGAAUAAAAUGAAACUAAUUACAUGCCCUAGAAUGUGUUGUGCAGAAUUUAGCAAUUUGUAAGAAACAAGGAUCUUUCUUCCCAGAUGGAGAAUCUGACAGGCUUAGAACACUUGUCCCUUUGCACUUGAAAUUAGUGUAUCCUUAAAGGCGUUUUAGUAGCAGGCUUCCAAAAGUUGGUAUUUAGGAUUUUUAGCAUACUUUUAAUUUCAGAUUUUCAGCUAACUGAAACUAAAGUACAUAAUAGGUUAAGACUCACGUCUAUGACCUUCACUCCAAGACCAGCCAAUGAAGGACAAAAGUCUUCCUGUGUUUACUCAAGAUUAAUUUCAGUAGAGAAUAAUCUUAUCCUACUAAUUGUUCAAGACCAGAAUAAGCCUUUAAAGGUAAGCCUCAAGAUUGUCAUUUUAUGGUAAUGCUGGCUGCUUUUGGUCCCCAUAGAUUUAGCAUAGGAGGUGGAGAGGAGCUAGCAGCUGACUUUUUCCCCAGCUAUUUCUCUGAAGAAUGCAAGGGCUGUUGGUGGGAGCAGACUUGUGGUGAUAGUUGGCCUCUGGUUUGCAGAGACUUCGUAAUUCUUUGGAAGGCAUCUUAGAAUCAUUCUCCCUUUCAGUAGCUAGAGAGUUAGAGUAGUUGAAAUCUGUAGGAAUGAACCUCUGAGGACUAAAAAUGUGACGGAUUUGGGAACAGUUCUUAAACUCUGAUUAACUAGUUGUAAUAUAGUUUUGUGGAUUUAUUGCACUGAUGCUGUAAAACCUGGACUUUGUGGUAUAUCUGUCCCUAAGUAAGUGUUGUUUUCUCUCCUUCAAUAUUGCUGUAAACAGUGGCACCCAUGUAGCACAUGUUUGAUUUUUCUUUUUUAAUGUUUCUAUGAAAACUACAAACUACCUUAAUUUACAUGUUUCCUUAUUGUAAAUAAGCUUGUCUUCCUAUCCGGAUUUUUUUGUGUAUGUGUAUUCUACCGAUUAACUACUUUUGCAGUUUUAAUCCUAUAUGAUUUCUUCUACUUUGUUUUGUGUAAAGGGGGAAAAAUAAAAAAGCUGGAAUCUC